AAAUUUAUUUCAAUUCAGCAAAAAUAAGGUAAAGUAAAUCGGGCCUAGGAAUUAUUAAUACGGGCUACGAAUAAUAUAUACUCGUAAAUCGGAAUUAAAAAAAAAAACCUAAAAAAUUGUACUCCUAAGAGCAAUCGAGCAUAAUCAACAUAAAAGAUCAGAGAAAGUUGACUCCUACCACCAUAUGCGCAAUUACGAUCACUCCUGACCGCAUUCACUGCGCCACGAACAUUUCAGUGACACAGCCAACGAAACCGAGAGAGAGAUGCAUGCGCUAAACUCUCUAGCAAUGGCGUGGUUCGCCAACACAACUGAGAGUUAUUCAUUAGCCUCUGAAAUUGAUUUCGGGACGAUUUCGUGGUUCGUCUAUGCCGGCUUAUGUGUAGUAUUGGUUCUAUUUGCUGGUCUUAUGUCUGGUUUAACUCUUGGUUUGAUGUCUUUUAAUCUUGUUGAUUUGGAAAUUCUUGCUCGUAGUGGUACUCCCAAUGAACAACAACAGGCAGCUUGUAUUCUUCCUGUUGUUAAAAAGCAGCACCAACUUUUAGUGACAUUGCUUCUAUGCAAUGCAGCUGCCAUGGAGACACUUCCUUUAUACCUGGACAAGCUUUUUAAUCAGUAUGUAGCUAUCAUUUUAUCUGUAACAUUGGUCUUAUCUUUUGGGGAGGUUAUACCCCAAGCUAUAUGCACAAGAUACGGCCUUGCUGUUGGUGCAAAUUUUAUAUGGAUUGUACGCAUAUUGAUGAUUGUAACCUAUCCAAUUUCUUAUCCAAUUGGAAAGGUAUUGGACUGCUUACUAGGACAUAAUGAAGCACUCUUCAGGAGAGCACAAUUGAAAGCACUUGUCUCCAUUCAUGGUGAAGCGGCUGGAAAGGGAGGUGAACUUACUCAUGAUGAGACAACAAUUAUUAAUGGUGCAUUAGAUUUGACAGAGAAGACUGCUGAGGAGGCAAUGACACCGAUUGAGUCAACUUUCGCCUUGGAUGCCAACUCAAAACUAGAUUGGGAAACAAUGGGAAAAAUACAAGCUCGUGGGCAUAGUCGAGUUCCUGUUUAUUCUGGAAAUCCAAAAAACUUCAUAGGAAUGCUUUUGACUAAAAGUCUUCUAACAGUACGACCCGAAACAGAUACUCCUGUAAGUGCAGUUUCCAUACGAAAUAUUCCAAGGGUUCCAGCAGACAUGCCUUUGUAUGAUAUAUUGAAUGAAUUUCAGAAAGGUCAGAGUCAUAUGGCAGCUGUGGUGAAGGGAAGGGCAAAGAGUAUUCAUAAUUUGUGUAUCAUUGAUGAAAAACCUAAGCGAUCAAAUGUCACUAAUUUCAAGUGCGAUUUAGCUACUCCUUUAUUGUCCAAGCAAAGUGACAAUUCUGAGAGUAUUGUGGACAUUGAAAUAAUCCCUAAAACAAGAAACAAGAACGAGCAUAAUUCACAACAGGAUUAUGCAUUACCAAACUCUUCUCGAAAUCCAGUAGAACAUACGAGGGAGGGAGAAGUUAUUGGCAUUAUUACCCUUGAAGAUGUUUUUGAAGAGAUUUUGCAGGAGGAGAUUGUAGAUGAAACAGAUGAAUAUGUUGAUGUUCAUAAGAGAAUACGUGUUGCUGCAGUUACAGCUGCUUCUUUGGUUGCACGUGCUCCAUCUCUUCGGAGGUUAACUAGCCAAAAGAAUGUUGGUCAGGGAAGCCACAACAGGCUUGGAAAAGGUGCAAAGAAGCCUGGUGACGAGAGUCAUGCUUCAACAAAGUGAUUACUGAUUAUCCCUGCGCCCUUCUCAAUUGAGUCAGUUUGUGAGAAGAGGCGAAAUAUUCUACUUUGCAGCUUUCAUUUAUGAUUCCUAUACUUGUGAAUUAGAUAUUGAACUAUGCUAUGCGUGAGCAUCUUGAGGAGAAGUGGUGUUGUUCACCUUUGGUUUGGUAUCAAUUUAUGUACAAGACAUGAACAAUGUACACUCAUGUCAGAAACACAGAAUGCCAAUUAUUCACCCAAAACUAUUAUUUUUUUCCAUCGUAAGUAUUACAGUAUAUCAAAAGGGAUUUUUAGUUUACAAUAUGCAAGCCAAGAGAAAUUUAGCCUGCAAAUAGGGUGAUAUGUUUGGUAUGUUUGAUAUCUUUAAUUAUUGCAUAUAAAUUUUGUUUUGAGAUGCUGGAGUGAUGGAAUUUAGUUGAGAUAAUCGAAAUUUAUUCCACUUAUGGGAUUAAGGCUUUUAUUGAUUGAUUGAAUCGAAAUUUAUUGA